AUGGAUAAACCGCCUCACUUGGUGAUGCACUUUGGCAUGACGGGGUGGGUUCACAUUAGAGGGGAGCAGACAGCAUACACAAAUUACUACAAAAAGACGAAGGAUAGCGAGCUUAAAAAUUGGCCACCGAAAUUCUGGAAGUUCCAAAUCAAGACAGAAGGCAAGCCAGAAGUGGAGGUAGCCUUCACCGACGCCCGUCGAUUUGGUCGAGUUCGCCUGGUUGAUUGCCCUGGUGCGGAUAUCCGAAAAUACACUCCUCUUAAAGAGAACGGGCCAGACCCGGUCAUUGAUACUGAUAGAUUCACCGAAGAGUAUUUGCGUGGCAAGAUGCAGGCCCGUCACGUCCCGGUUAAAGCGCUCCUUUUAGACCAAGCCAUGAUCAGUGGCAUUGGCAAUUGGGUAGCCGACGAGACUCUGUAUCAAGCUAAACUUCACCCGGAACAGUACAGCGAUAGCUUCAGCGACGCUGAAAUCAAGAAGCUAUACGAAUGCAUUAGAUAUGUCUGCCAAACGGCGGUAGACAAGCUAGGAGACUCGGACCAGUUCCCAGAACAUUGGCUCUUCAAUCAUCGCUGGGGGAAAGGAGGCAAGGGAUCGUCAAGUAAACUACCCAAUGGCGAGAAAUUGGCGUUUAUUACCGUUGGUGGCCGGACGAGCUGCUACGCGCCAGAAGUACAGAAGAAGACCGGUCAAGUUGUACCUGGAGCAAAGGCUCAACCGAUCAAAGAUGAAUUAGACAAGGAGAUGUUGCCUGCAAAGAAACCUCGCAGAAAGAAGCUUGAACAGGAUGGAGUUGAUCGUGGCGAGCCGUUAACUAAGAAAAAGAAGACUAGCAUUGUAAAGAAGGAGGAGAAUGAGGUUAAGUCAGAGCCUGGUGUCUCUUCAGGGAGAAGGCGUUCCACUCGACUACGGAACUGA